AUGAUGAGCACUUCAAGAUUACCACUUUUCUUUUAUGCCAGUCUACUCGUUCCCCUUGUUAGUCACAGCUUAGUAUUGCAGCGAGAUCCCUACGUUCUCCAUGAUUGUUCAACUAGUGGUAAUGUGAGCAGUAACAGUACCUUCAGAGCGAACCUCAACACCCUCAUCUCCAACCUCUCUUCCAACACCCAAAUCAAUUAUGGGUUCUACAGUUUCUCCGCUGGAGAGGGCACCAACAAAGUUUACGCCACUGGGCUUUGUAGAGCUGACCUUACAACAACUGAUUGCAGUACCUGUGUCAACAAUUCAGCUCACGAGCUCUUAAAGUUGUGUCCAAACGAGAAAGAGGGCAUCAUGUGGUACAUGAAUUGUACAGUUCGAUACUCAAACAACUCAAUAUUUGGUGCUAUUGAAUAUACACCUACUCGAGCUCUUGUAGCUGGUCGUGUCUCCAACUUGACUGAGUCCAACGAGGUGUUAAAAACCUUAUUUUAUGUCCUGAGAGUUGGAGCUUCAGCUGGAGGUGAUUUUGGCAAGGUUGCAGUUGGAAAUGCGAGCUAUAAAAGUCAAAACUCUACGAUCUACGGGCUUAUGCAAUGUAGUCCUGAUUUGUCAGAGAGUGAUUGUAGCAAUUGCUUAGUUGGCGCUCAAAGCUAUUUUCAAGAUUGCUGUAGUGAAAAUGCUGGAGUGAGAAUUCUUGCACCCAGCUGUAACUUAAGAAUAGAAAGUGAACAAUUCUAUGACAGCACUCUUGGUGAAUCGCCGCCAUCAUUAUCUCCUCCUCCUGUGCCUGCAAAAUCAAUAUCUCCUCCUCCUGCGCCUGCAAAAUCUAUAUCUCCUCCUCCUGCGCCCGCAAAAUCAAUAUCUCCUCCUCCUGCGCCCGCAAAAUCAAUAUCUCCUCCUCUUGUGCCUUCAAAAGGAAAGGGGAGUAACUCAUCUAAAAUUAUCAUCACCAUAGUUGUGGUGAUCAUUCUCGUUGUAAUAAUCACCUGCAUCUGCAUCUGCAUCUCUUUAAGAGUGAGGAAGCAAAGAAAGAAAGCUAAAACAGUGGAUGAAAUUAGCAGUACUGAAUCCUUGCAUUUCCAUUUUCCAACAAUUAGAGUCGCUACAGAUAACUUUUCUGAUGCAAAUAAACUUGGUCAAGGCGGAUUUGGUGUUGUUUAUAAGGGUAGGCUUUCCAAUGGACAAGAAAUAGCUGUCAAAAGGCUAUCCCCGGGUUCUGGACAAGGUGAUUUAGAAUUUAAGAAUGAGAUAUUGUUAGUUGCUAAGCUUCGACAUCGGAAUUUAGUUAAGCUACGAGGUUUCUGCUUGGAAGGAUGUGAAAGGCUUCUGAUUUAUGAGUUUGUGCCAAAUGGAAGCCUCGAUCAAGUUAUAUUUGAUCCCGCAAAACGUGCAUAUUUGGAUUGGCAAACGCGUUACAAAAUCAUAGAAGGCAUUGCUCGAGGUCUUCUUUAUCUUCAUGAAGAUUCUCGACUUCGCAUCAUUCAUCGUGAUCUUAAAACUAGUAACAUCCUGCUAGAUGAUGAGAUGAAUCCCAAAAUUGCAGAUUUCGGCCUGGCGAGAUUGGUUAUACUGGAUCAAACCCAUAUCAAUACAAAUAGAAUCGUCGGAACGUAUGGGUAUAUGGCUCCAGAGUAUGCAUACCAUGGACACUUCUCACUAAAGUCUGAUGUCUUUAGUUUUGGCGUGUUAGUUCUUGAAAUGAUAUGUGGACAAAAAAACGGUUACUUCCGUAACGAAGAAAAUGGGGAGGAUCUUCUUACUUAUGCAUGGACAAAUUGGAGGAACAUGACAGCUUCAAACAUUAUAGACCCCACAUUAGGGGUUGGUUCAACAACUGAAAUAAUCCGGUGCAUUCACAUUGGAUUAUUAUGUGUUCAAGAAAAUGCUGCUGAUAGACUAACCAUGGCUUCAGUCGUUCUAAUGCUUAAUAGCAACUCUAUCACCUUAUCAGUACCUUCACGACCUGCAUUUUUUAUACACAGGAACGUUGAACCAGACUCGCAGUCAGAUCAAUCUAUUCUGCUAGCCUCAACAAAUGAUGCUUCAAUUACUACAUUACAUCCUCGCUAA